AUGCUCAAGGUAGCAGCUUUCGUGUGCGUGUGCGCAGCAGCCUGGUGCAGCCCGGCGCUGGCGGCGGCGGCCGGGGGCAGACCGGACAGCGGCAAUUUUCUGGACGAUAAACAAUGGCUCACGACCAUCUCCCAGUACGACAAGGAGGUCGGGCAGUGGAACAAAUUCCGAGACGAAGUAGAGGAUGAUUAUUUUCGUACAUGGAGUCCGGGUAAACCAUUUGAUCAAGCUUUAGAUCCGGCUAAAGAUCCAUGUUUAAAGAUGAAAUGUAGUCGCCAUAAGGUCUGUGUUGCACAGGAUCAACAAACUGCUGUUUGCAUUAGUCACCGAAGGCUUACACACAGUAUGAAAGAGGCUGGUUUAGGCCAUAAACAGUGGAGGGGUGGUCCCAUUUCAUCAAACUGCAAGCAAUGUCCAGUAGUUUAUACCAAUCCUGUUUGUGGAUCAGAUGGUCACACAUAUUCUUCUCAGUGCAAAUUAGACUAUCAAGCCUGUGUCUCAGGAAAACAAAUCUCAGUGAAAUGCGAAGGACGUUGCCCUUGCCCUUCUGACAAAUCCACAAAUGCAGGCAGAAAUGAUAGGAGAGUGUGCAGUGACCUGGAAUUCAGGGAGGUUGCAAACAGAUUGAGAGACUGGUUUAAGGCACUUCAUGAAAGUGGAAUUCAGAAUAAGAAGACUAGGAUUGUUCAAAGGCCUGAAAGAACCAGAUUUGAUACCAGCAUUUUGCCAAUUUGCAAAGACUCCCUUGGCUGGAUGUUUAACAGGCUUGAUACGAACUAUGACCUGUUGUUGGACCAGUCAGAACUUGGAAGCAUUUACCUUGACAAGAAUGAACCAUGCACCAGGGCGUUCUUCAAUUCUUGUGACACAUACAAGGACAGUUUGAUAUCUAACAAUGAGUGGUGCUACUGCUUCCAAAGACAGCAAGACCCACCUUGCCUGACAGAAUUCAGCAACAUUCAGAAGCAGCAAGGAGGAAAGAAGCUCCUAGGGCAGUAUAUCCCCUUAUGUGAUGAAGAUGGGUAUUACAAACCAAGUCAGUGCCAUGGAAGCGUAGGGCAGUGCUGGUGUGUUGACAGAUACGGUAAUGAGGUAACGGGAUCCAGAACAAAUGGUGUGGCAGAAUGCGCUAUUGAUUUAGAAACUUCAGGUGAUUUUGCCUCUGGUGAUUUCCAUGAAUGGACAGAUGAUGAAGAUGACGAAGAUGAAAUAAUGAAUGAUGAAGAUGAAAUUGAAGAUGAUGAUGAAGACGAAGGAGAUGAUGAUGUUGAUGAUGACGAUGAUCAUGAUGGAUAUAUUUGA